AUGUUUUGCAUGCCCAAACAACGAGAGCAGCCUAGUCCGGCAAGUAUAAUUUUCGGGCGGCUGUUGGAGCAGGAGGACGUUUGGGUUGACCACAUCCUUCCGUUCGUUGGCAUGGGCCACUACGCCUUUGUUGGAGCAGUGAACAAACGGUUCCAUCGACUGUACCAGCAAUACUGUAAUAGUGAGACUGUACGUGCGAAUCCCCCUCUGAUUCAAGUCCACAACCGACGAAGCAUUAGCGUAUUUCCGUUUACCAAAACACGCUCUGCCACGGCCAGUGAUACCUUUUACAGUGCCGUUUUCUAUUCUGCUUCGUGUGCCGAGUACUGGGAUAUGGACACUCUCAGCAGUCAACAACUGAUGGAUCAUUCGAUAUGCAAGAAAAUUGCCAAACUGGGGAGUCUUCCCGUCAUGAAAUGGGCACGAAAAAAGGGAUUUGCGUGGGAUGGAGGGACGUGUGCCGAGGCUGCGAGGAGAGGACAAAUGGAGUUGCUCCAGUGGGCCCGAGAAAAUGGCUGCCCAUGGAACAAUCAUACGUGUUCUGGAGCUGCUCGGGAGGGACAUUUUGAGAUAUUAGAAUGGGCGCAUCAAAAUGGCUGCCCGUGGGAUGUCCAUACAUGUGCCAAGGCUGCCAAAGGGGGGCACUGGGAAAUAUUGAAAUGGGCCCAUUCUCACAGCUGUCCUUGGAAUGAGAAUACAUGUUCUCAGGCUGCCAGGAGUGGGUAUUUGGAAAUGAUACAGUGGGCCAGAGAGAAUGGCUGUCCAUGGGAUGCAUGGACUUGUGCCAGGGCGGCUCAGGGUGGUCAUUUGGAAUUACUCCAGUGGGCAAGAGCAAGUGGCUGCCCAUGGGAUUCCAACACCUGCGCAUUUGCUGCUUAUGGAGGACAUUGGGAAGUAUUGAAAUGGGCUCAUGAGAAUGGCUGCCCGUGGGAUGCCUAUGCAUGCCAAGCGGCAGCUAGAACCGGUCAGUUGGAGAUACUCCAAUGGAUGAGGGAGCAUGGUUGUCCAUGGGAUUCCAAUUUGUGUUCUUCGGCUUCUUAUGGUGGCCAUUUUGACAUUUUGAAAUGGGCCCAUGAAAAUGGCUGCUCGUGGGACACCAACACAUGUGCAUUUGCUGCAUUGGGGGGACAUUUGAAUAUAUUGAUGCGCGCAUUGGGGGGUGGUGAAAUGGGCACUGGACAAGGGCUGCCCACUGCGUUUUGGCCCGUUAUGGUUUGGUCCUUUGUGGUUCGUUCGUUUGCAACUGUACGUCUUUCUUGCUGUGCAUGGCAAGCUUCGCGAGCCACGUCAGUUACUAGUUGA